UGGGAUACAUGUGUAGCUAUGCGUUAUCUCCCUUUCAUAACGUUUUCAUUUACACCUUUCCCGCGUAUCGAUUAUUGAAGAAACGAAACUGAAACCAAGCAAGGUAAAAUAAAAAAGGAACAGAUGUCUGUAAUGCCACCUAAAUUAUAUCAUGGAUGUGGAAGAGGGGUGUUUGGUCUUAAACAAUGGGAUAAACCACUACGUAGACCAAGAGUGUUGAUUCCAGAAACCAAUCAAGGAGAAAAUAUAAAAAGUCCUGAUGCACUAAAAAGUCCAGAGAUUAAAUGUGGAGACUGGGCUAAUUAUGCUGACAAAACAGAUGAAGUCAAUUUAAUUCCAAAUCAGAAUUUAGUAGUGAAAUACAGUUAUAAAGCUAAUGCAGACAGUCCAUUAGGAGAACCAGAGCUUACCGUUACACAAAAAGAUACGGCUAUGUUUAUAUCAUAUCAUCAAUAUAAUAAUCUGUGGUCUAAAAUUAGAAGUUCUGACGGAAGAGUAGGAUAUGUACCAACGUCAUAUGUCAUGGCAGUAGAGGAAGAAGUAACAGCAUUACCAUGGUUAAAGAAACCUGAGCCAGUCAAACAAGAGGAAGCGCAAUUUAAACCCUACAAGUCAGCCUAUGCUAAGAAUGGCCCUGCAGAAACAGAUGCUGAAAAAGAAGAUAAUUUGAAAAAGUAUUACUGUGAUGUGUGUCAAAAACAGCUAAAUGGACCUCAGCCUUUCAUAGCCCACAUGAAUAGUAAAGCUCACAAAGAGGAGGUGGAAGCCCAACAAGAUUAGAAAAUUUCAAACAAUGUUUUUUUUUAGAAUAUGAACAUUUUCCUCCAGGACAGGAGUUUGUUAAGACUAUUGGCAGGGAUGUCUUAUUAGAUAUUAUGAUCUUCAAGAACAAUUAAUUUUAGCUUUUUCUUAUUUUUGCAAUUUUAAAGGUUCAUUUUGUACAUGUAUAAGUUAGCUUUUGCUGUUUGUAUUGAAAUGUGUUUUUUUCCCAUAUAUAUAAUCUGUAGAUAUUGUUCACAAACAUAAAGACAGAGUUGUUUAUUCGUUAUAUAUGUGAACUUUUGAUGUAUUGGCUUAUCUUAAUAAGAUCCAAGAUAUCUUGCCUUGAGUUUUUUCUUCAAAUAGAUCCUUUAACUGUUUUGUUUUUUGUUGUUGAUCAAACAGAAUAAAAAAGGCAAACUUUAAAAAUUACUAAUGUUUAUAAAUUACAUCUAAACCAAAUUAAACUUUAAAAAUAAAUGAUUGCAUCUUUUUUAUAUGUUGCAAAGCUGUGGGAUUUUUCACUAGUGCUAUUUACUUUUACAAUUUAUUAAUAUGAUCAAAUAGUGCUCUGAUCCGUGUGAUUUAUGUGUUUUAACCCUCAUCAUGUAGCACUCAUGCACAUAUGAUGUUUAAUAGAUUUAAUUGCCUUAAUAUUUUAUAAUUCAUUUGAAAAUUGGUAAUGGUAUUAAAAAUUUUGUUUAAAUAAUUGUUGUUUAUCAUAGGGAUGGGUUUAUCAUUAUUAUCUACCAUUUUUGAUGACUAAAAUAUUACUCAUUUUGAAUAUGGAAAAAAGCAUAGAGUUGGCGGACAGACUUUUUUUUUUUAAAUUUUAGAAAAAUUUCCAGAUGUAUAAAAUUUUCCAUUUCGUUUUGCAUUAGAUUUAUGCCUCCUUUUAUUGAUUGAUCUCACCAAUAACUUAUAGAUGUUAAAAAGAUCUCAAAUUAAAAAAAUAUAUAAGUUUUCUCCAAAUCAUGACUACAUGUGGAAAGGGUUAAAGGAAGGUGCAAUUCUUGCAUGUAUUGUCUUGCAUGAUCAUCAAAUGCCUUUUUGUAUUUUUUUUACCUAAUUUGUGCUUUUUCUCAUAUAUGAUUUUCUGUCUCACAUUAUUUUUGUUUUUGUUUUUCAUAUGCUAUUUAUUGGUGUUUAGGAAAUGCAUAAUAUCUCACAUUUUAUAUACUGCAAGUAUUAUCACUGCUUUCUAACAUAGGUAAUGUUUUCAUACUAGAGUGAUAUUAAAACACAUAAUUUCAGUGGCAUAAGUUGAUUUAUUUUCUGUUAUAUGAUAUGACCACAUACCAAUUUUAUGAUUUGACAUUCCAAACAAUUGUUUCUCUUGUUAAGAUUCAGUUAUGUUUGCCUUAUUUUUCCAAUCUUUAAUUAUUCCUGUAACUUGUAUUGAUUAUGUAUGCAUAAAUGUUCGAUAGUUAUUAAACCCUGUAUAGAGAUACCAUUAAAAAUGUAUAACCUGUUUGAACCUGGUCAACAUGAAUUUGUUUAGUUUUAGAAAUGAAAUAGAAAGCUGUAAUACACAACUUUAGGUGCUAAUUUAGAAGUUUUUUCCAUACAUUUUUUAAGCGAGUUUUGUAGAGUGGAUUAAAAUGCGCAAAAUGCAUACAAAUAAUACUUUCAGAUUUGUUUUUAUUUUUGGAAUCUCCACCUGGAAAAAAUUAAGAAUUGUCCAAUAACACUCUUUUAAUGGUACAGAAUGUAACAUAGGGUUAUUUUAGAUUUUUCAUUAAAUUGUGUCACAAUGUUUUGUCCUAUCUGCCACUAUGUAAAGUGGAUGUCACCACAUAUCAUACAUGUCAUAUCGUGGCAGCUUAUAUUUAUAAUAAUGAAAUAUCUUCAUUAAAUGACUUUCUAUAUCACAUAUAACAUAUCUGGGUAAGAGUGACCAGACAGCCUUUUAGAUUAUUAGUAAAAUUAACCUGAAUUUGAAGGUUGGAGAUUUAACUAUUUUUGCAUUUAACAACCCAAAUGAUGGCUCAUACCUCAGACAAUACUAUAUAAAUAUACAAGUUACUUAUAUGGAACAAACUACCAUUUAUGUUGUGAAUGUUGUAAUUGUAAUUUAGUAAGCUUAUAUUGUACUGUUUGUGCCAUGAUUUGUAGUGUAAUUUCCCAUACAUUUGAUAAAUUUAUCACUAGUUUUAGUCCUGUUUGUAUGUUGUCAAUUCACUUUUUUUUUCUCAGGUAGCCUUAGAUCAAUUAUUUUGAUAUUUUAGCAGUCUGACUUUUGAUAGAAAAUAAUGUUUGAUGACCAGGAUAUGUUAAAUCCAUUUAUUCCAAUUGCCUCAUUGUUGAUUGUAUGUACAUUUUCAUGGUAUCCAUAGAUCAAACCAUUGUAUAGAUAUUCGAAUAUUUUAAAUUUGGACAGAAAGGAACAAAAAAUAUGAUGUAAAUGGCAGAUGAAAGAUGUUAGAACUCCUAAAAUAGUAUUUUAUUGAUUGCUGAAAAUGUACAAACCAAAUAGUGCUUGUGUAGAAAAAAAAAACAGUCAAAGAUUGACAGAUUUUUUUUCAGGUUUGACCAUAUGCUUUUUCUUGCAAAAUAUUUAUAAAGUUUUGAAAUUAUAAAAUGAAGAAACUUCCAUUAUACAAUGAUGCAUUAGGCAAAUAAUUGUAAGAUUUUCUAGUCAUUAAUGUACACAGUAGAAGCUUUUCCUUUUUUGAAUUAAUAAAUUUGAUGUUUUUACA